ACAAACGACUUUAGGCUCCAAAAAUCUCUCUCGACAUUUUUCACGGAAAACUAAACCCUAGAAAGCAAUAGUCUUCCUUGCUGUACUGAUAAAACCCUCUAAAGAAACGAUAUUCGACACAAUAAUGGCGAAUCGACGCUGUAUUCAAAACCUAAAUCGCCAUUUCCAAUUCCUUAGAACCCGAACUCCUCACCUGAAUCCUCAAUUCCUUGCGCCUACCUCGAAAUUCACUCUCCACCCCGCCUUCACUCCCAAAUCACUACAUCGCUUAUUCAACAGUAAUGAUAUUAACGCACAGAGUGUAGUUUUCCGUCACUUCUGUUCCAAAAAUCGAAAUGAUGAUACUGAUGAAGAAGAAGAAGAUGAAGAUGAUGAUGAUGAUUAUGAAAGCGAAGGACAAGACAUAGAGAGUGCGGAUGAUGAGAGGGAAAAUGAGACAGCUGCAUUGUCUCCCGAGGAUAAAGAAAAAGAGGCAGCUGAAAUAGGGUACAAAGUCAUAAGUCCGCUUCAAAAGUCUGACCGGGUCUUCAAACCAUACGAACCGGUUUUUGCUGUGGUUCAGAUUGGGUCACAUCAGUUUAAGGUGAGCAAUGGGGAUUGCAUAUAUGCAGAGAAAUUGAAGUACUGCAACGUCAAUGACAAGCUGAUCCUCAAUAAGGUUCUUAUGUUGGGAUCAAAAACCCAAACAAUCAUUGGUCGACCAAUUUUGCCUGAUGCUGCUGUUCAUGCUGUUGUUGAGGAGCAUGCACUAGAUGCAAAAGUGAUAAUAUUUAAGAAAAAGAGAAGGAAGAAUUAUAGAAGAACGAAAGGGCAUCGUCAGGAAUUGACAAAAUUGAGGAUAACAGAUAUAUCAGGGAUUGAGAAGCCAGAAAAUAUGCCAUCUUUGAAGACGGAGAAGAAAGAAAAGAUACCAUCUUUGAAGACGGAGAAGAAAGAAAAGCAAGAAAAGAUGCCCGUUGCAGCUUAAUUGGGACUUGGGUUCAAAUGGCUGGCUUUUUACCGCUUAUGUUUUUUAUCAGCUUCUCUACAGCCCAUGCCCCAUGGGGUUGAAGACGGGCAGGCUGUAUUUUCGUUUAUUUUCCUCUCUAUUUUAGUCUUUCCUCCCUCCAUUUUCCCAGAACUGAUAUCUGAUAUGGUUAUUUAAAAUUAGUCAGAGAUGCUGCUUGGGACAGCUUUGUUUCUUGUUUUUUCACGAUAUAAGCAUGGAUGAUAUAAGAGCAAAAGUGUAUAAUGGAUUAAAUCUUAAGUUC